AUAUAAAUUGAAGGUAAUCCCAGCUCUCAUGAUUUAGUCAAGCACCAAUUUUUGUCAAAGGAAAAAAAUGUCGUCGUCUCCAAAAAUGGAUGUUUCCGGCGGCCCAUGCAAAACCCUUGCAAUUCUGUUUGUAGUCUUUUACUUCAUCUUCGUGGCCUUCUCCAAUCAGUACCCCAACUGCCCAGCCUCCGCCGACUUCUUCUCUCCUUUCCUCAAACGGCAACCAUUCUCACCCUCUACGGAGAAGGAAACACAAUCCUCGGCAACUCCGACCACGCUCGAGCACCUCGUAUUCGGCCUCGUCGGGUCGGAGCGGGCGUGGCACCACCGGAAGGCAUACAUCGAAUCAUGGUGGCGCCCGAAUGUCACGCGCGGCUUUCUGUUCCUCGACACCGCCCCCACCGGGGAUCUCCUUCCGUGGUCGCCGGCGUCGCCUCCUUACAGAAUCUCCGACGACAUCACCAAGCUGCUCCACAAGACCAACGUGGUGGCGCAGCGGAUUAUACACGCCAUCAUGGAGGUGUACAGGGAAGACCACGAGAAUCUCCGGUGGCUGGUGAUGGGCGACGACGACUCCAUAUUCGUCGUAGAUAAUAUCGUUCACAUCCUUGCAGGGUACGAUCACACAAAGUAUUACUACUUUGGUGGGCAGUCGGAGUUUAUUUUGUCGAAUUAUUGGUUCUCAUUCAGCCAGGGAUUCGGCGGCGCCGGAUUUAUUAUGAGCUACCCUUUGGCCAAACUUGUGGCCGCGGACAUGGAGAAAUGCCUGCUCAGAUAUCGCCAUCUUAAUGCUGCUGAUCGCACUACUAUGUCGUGUAUUGCGGAUAUUGGAGUAAACCUCACGCCCCUCAAAGGAAUUCAUCAGAUUGAUCUGCGAGGAGACAUAUCCGGUUUCCUAUCAUCGCACCCCAAAUACCCUCUAAUGUCCCUCCACCACUUCGACAUGGUGCAGCCAAUAUUCCCUAAAAUGAACCGCCCGGAUUCCACGCGCCACCUCAUGAAGGCGGUGGCCGCCGACAACUCCCGCAUGCUGCAGCAGACCAUCUGUUACCACCGGCCGACCAACUGGUCGUUUUCCAUUGCAUGGGGCUAUUCCGCCCACAUCUACGAGAACAUUCUGCCGCGGAGCCACCUGCAGUACCCCAUCGAGACGUUCAAGACGUGGCAGCGCAGCCCCCGCCCGCCGCAUUACAUGUUCAACACGCGCCUCCCGUCGCGGGACCCUUGUGAGGCCCCCCAUAUGUUCUUCUAUCACACCGUCGGAACCACGGCGGAUGAUCAGAUCUUGACGGAGUUUUCUCGGGCGUGGGGCCGGGGCUUGCCGGCUUGCCCGUUUUCCGGCAACCACUCCGCCGAUUCGAUUUCCAGGAUCCAGGUCUUUUCACCGGCAACGAAACGGUUUCAGAUUGAUAGAAGUGAAUGCUGUGACGUUGUUCGCGUAGAUGGAGAAGAAGCAGAGAUUAAAUUUCGGGAAUGCGCUGCACAAGAGAUUAUUGCGUAAUUAUCAAAAACUUGUCUUAUUUAAUUAAAAGAAGAAGAAGAAGAUCAAGAAGAAGAGGAAGAGAAAUAUCAUCCAUUGGAUGAGAUUUAUUUGGAUAAAUGCACCAGAAAUAGGCUUUACUAAACUGUUGAAAUUAAGACAGUAUCUUAAUUCGGUGUGUCUUAUCUCACACUAUUGAUUUUCUUUUUUUGUUUUUUCAAUUUUUAUUUGAAAGGAUUGUUGCUCUACCAGACAUUUCACAAUAUUGUAAACUAGUACGUGAGUCUUUACCACUUUGAUCUAAUUUCAUUGAUUAAUUAAACAAUAAUUUAUAUUACAA